ACAUCUCUCUUCUCACCUAUUAUACACCGUCGGUCACCGAAGAAGUGUCCAAUACCGACCAGCCAAACACCUUCUUAUCAGUCCAAGGCAAAUCGCGGAAAUAUAUAUCUUAUUGCAAGUAUAAAGAUAGUUAUGUGUAUCAGGCUGACAUGGCGGCAGUCCGCUCCUUGGUAAUCAAAGCAUCGGAUAGGAGAUAUGUGGCCUGGUGACCCUUCAGUCAAGCUAGCAUGUGGAGUCUAGAUCAUGUGUAGAUAAUACGGCGCCCCUCUGAAGGUAUAAGUGCUAUCACCUCCAAGAUCUCCUCGUUGACUUUACCUUCGAUUCACCCAGACAACAUGUCGAUUUCCACACUCACCCUUAACGACGGCAAUCAAGUCCCCUGGAUCGCAUUUGGCACCGGCACGGCCCUGUUCCAGCAAGAUGCACAGAACACUGUCAAGACUGCCAUUGCCAACGGUUUCACGCACCUCGAUGGUGCCCAGAUGUACGAGAAUGAAGAAAGCUUGGGCGCCGGCAUCAAGGCGUCUGGCAUGCCGCGCUCUGCGCUCUUCAUCACCACUAAGCUCCAUCGUCUGCAGCCUGACCAGACUGCCAAGAGCGCAUUGCAAGUAUCACUGAAGAAGUUGGGUGUAGAGUACGUGGAUCUGUACCUCGUGCACGUGCCCGGUGACCAUGAGGGCCGAUUAAAGGAGGUGUGGAAGUCGAUGGAGGACUGCAAGAGGGAAGGACUAUCGAAGUCUAUUGGAGUGUCGAACUUCGAAGUUGAGCACUUAGAAGAGAUCUUAGAGGGCGCUGAGUUCCCGCCUUCGGUCAACCAGGUUGAGAUUCACCCGUAUGUGUGGAAGUCCUUACAACCUGUGAUCGCGCUCCAUAAACAACACAACAUCGUUACGUCCUCUUUCGGUGGCCUUUCACCACUCUUCCGCGCACCAGGAGGACCCUUGGAUCCCGUAAUUGAGAAAAUCCGGGCACGUCUUGAGUCUACUCGAGGAAAGCCCGUGUCAGCUGGACAUGUGCUCAACAAGUGGUUGGAGCAGUAUGGCAUUUUGGUCGUGACUACUUCGAGCAAGGCGGAUAGGAUGAGAGAGUAUCUCGAUACAGCCAACGUUCCGCGGUUGACGGCUGAGGAAAUCGAAUCGAUUGAGAUUGCUGGGGCACAGAUUCAUCAGAAAUUUUUCUCGAACUGAUAUCGUCAAUGUGGAGUUGUCACUCCUCGGUCAGCCGUGGCCAUCCUGUGCAUAAGCAAGGAAGGGGGAACAGGCAGAUAACGAAACACGACUGUUUUCUACAAUAUCAUUAUAAUGACUAUCCAUUUCCCUCAC